AUAUUUCGAGGGAGCCUUCAUCUGGUGUUCAACGAAGAGAGAAUUUACAUCGAUACGGGUUGGACUCUUUUUGCGAUGCUGCAGUAAUCUACAGAGGGAGAUAACACAAUUGAUUGAAACUUGAAGGUGUUAAAGCGUUCCUCAGUGGAGUGGUUGCCAGUUUCAAGCAAGAUGAAGGCAGUACCUGAGUUUCACGAAGACUUCUGGAUCCCCAUCCCUUUAGAUACCAACAAUAUCUCUGCUUACAGUCCUUUCCUGGUCCCCCAGGACCACCUGGGUCACCAUGGCGUGUUCAUGGCCAUGGCUGCCCUUAUGUUCUUCCUUUUCGUCGCAGGGACUGCGAUCAACAUCCUUACCAUUGUUUGCACAAUUCAAUACAAGAAACUCAGAUCUCACCUUAACUAUAUUCUUGUGAACCUUGCCGUUUCAAACCUGUGGGUGUCCGUUUUUGGUUCCUCGGUAGCAUUCUACGCCUUCUGGAACAAAUACUUUGUCUUCGGGGUGAUGGGAUGUAAAAUUGAGGGCUUCACUUCAACAAUUGGAGGAAUGGUGAGUUUGUGGUCUCUUGCUGUGGUGGCAUUUGAAAGGUGGCUGGUCAUUUGCAAACCCCUUGGGAACUUUACCUUCAAGACCACUCAUGCCAUAAUUGGCUGCAUACUUCCUUGGUGUAUUGCAUUGUCAGCUGGACUCCCUCCACUGUUUGGAUGGAGCCGGUACAUCCCUGAAGGUUUGCAGUGCUCUUGUGGACCUGACUGGUAUACGACUAACAACAAAUACAACAACGAAUCCUAUGUCAUGUUUUUGUUCUGCUUCUGCUUUGCGGUUCCUUUCACCACCAUCGUGUUCUGUUAUGGUCAGCUGCUCAUCACACUCAAAUUGGCAGCCAAAGCUCAAGCGGAUUCAGCUUCGACCCAGAAGGCAGAGAAGGAGGUGACAAAGAUGGUGGUGGUGAUGGUGUUCGGCUUCUUGAUAUGCUGGGGACCAUAUGCUUGCUUUGCUCUCUGGGUCAUUUCCCACCGUGGUGAAACAUUUGACCUGAGAAUGGCAACCAUACCAUCCUGCCUUUGUAAAGCCUCAACAGUCUACAAUCCUGUCAUCUACGUCUUAAUGAACAAACAGUUCCGUUCCUGUAUGAUGAAGAUGGUCUGUGGCAAGAAUAUUGAGGACGACGAGGCUUCUACUUCAUCUCAGGUCACCCAGGUCUCCUCUGUUGCACCAGAGAAAUAAACCCAUUCUUAACGAAACCUCUUCCUGCUGACAGAACCAAUCUGCUGCAUGGCAGUGAAAAAUUAUUUUUCAAUGAUUGUAAAUAAUAAACAUAGACCCACUAGGAAUUUUUGCUUUUAAUGUCAACAUUUUUGUAACUUGGUCUUGGCUUGCUGAACAAGUAGAAUGAGUAGAAGUUCAUUGUUAUCAUUAAAAAUGUACAAUAAAUGCAAAGAAAGAAAGAAA